CGGUGCAUGCUGGGUAAUAGAACGUCCAACAUGGCGGCGCCCGUGUGAAUGAAAGUUCGGUACCUGAUCACUUUCACUUUCCACGCUUCAAUCAAGCUACAGGUGGUUUGGACAUCCUUUGACCAAAGAGCAGAUUCUUCCUUUUCUGUCCGUGUUGCCAGGAAACGUAUUGAGAAUGAGUGAGGGUUCCAAGCUGUGGGGAGGGCGGUUCACCGGCGCAAACGACCCGGUGAUGGAGAAGUUCAACGCCUCGAUCGGGUUCGAUCGGCGCAUGUGGGAGGCGGACAUCAAGGGCAGCCAGGCGUAUGUCCGCGCGCUCGGCAAGGUCGGGCUCGUCACCAAGGACGAAAUGGAGGAGAUCUACGAGGGACUGGGCAAGGUUGGUAUAGAGUGGCAGAACGGGACGUUCCAGAUCCAGCCGAGCGACGAAGACAUCCACACUGCUAACGAGCGCCGGCUCAAGGAGCUGAUCGGACCUGCUGCGGGAAAGCUCCACACCGGCCGCAGUCGUAACGACCAGUGUGCGACGGACAUGCGGAUCUGGCUGCGGGAGGCGCUGAGAACGCUGAGGGGAUACCUGCUGGACUUCAUCCACGUCUUCCUGGAGAGGGCCAAAAGAGAGACUGACAUCAUCAUGCCAGGCUACACCCACCUGCAGAGAGCUCAGCCAAUCAGGUGGAGCCACUGGUUGCUAAGCCACGCCUGUGCCCUGCAGAGAGAUGCUCAGAGACUGGACGAGAUGGCAGUCAGGGUCAACGAACUCCCUCUGGGAAGUGGAGCUCUGGCAGGAAACCCCUUCAAUGUGGACAGGCAGUUCCUGGCUAAGGAGCUUGGAUUUGGCGCUGUGAGUUUGAACAGUCUGGAUGCCACCAGUGGGAGAGACUUUGUCGUUGAGUUCCUGUUCUGGGCGUCUCUGACGGCGACCCACCUGAGUAAGUGGGCGGAGGACCUCAUCAUCUACAGCAGCAAGGAGUUCAGCUUCAUCUCCCUGUCAGACGCUUACAGCACUGGCAGCAGCCUGAUGCCACAGAAGAAGAACCCGGAUAGUCUGGAGCUGAUCAGAGGGAAGGCAGGCCGAGUGUUCGGGCAUUGCUCAGGUUUCAUGAUGACCUUGAAGGGGCUGCCCAGCACCUACAACAAGGACCUUCAGGAGGACAAGGAGGGGAUGUUCGACGCGUACGACACCAUGACGGGCGUGUUGCUCGUGGCAACGGGCGUGCUGUCCACCCUGGAGGUCAACAAGGUCGCGGCCAAGGCUGCGCUGAGCCCCGACAUGCUGGCCACCGACAUCGCCUACUACCUGGUCCGCAAGGGGAUCCCGUUCCGUGAAGCCCACGGGAUGUCAGGUGCAGCCGUCCACCUGGCGGAGACCAAGAAGUGCCAGCUGAGCGACCUGACCCUCGCCGACCUGCAGACCAUCAGCCCAAAGUUCACAGCUGAUGUGGAGAAGUUGUGGAACUAUGAGAACAGUGUGGAACAGUACACUGCUGCGGGGGGGACCAGCGGGGCGUCCGUCAUGCACCAGAUACAGACUCUGGACGAGUGGCUGGCGCACAUGAGAAACAAGUCACACACCAUGAAGUCCAGAAUGGAGAUGGACGUCACGCUGAACUAACUGCUGACACAGGCGUGUUUGCUGCAGUAAUCACUCUGAACAGGUGGGGGCGCUGCUAACACACGGAUGUCAAAUCCUGAUCAUUGUCCCAGCAGAAAACUGUGCUGUCCGGAAAUGAGGUAGACGAGCUGCUAGAUAACUAGGGAAAUACAAACAUUGCUCCUUUGUGCCUGUUUUAGCUUAGAUUUCAAAGUCUGUUUCAGAAUGUAGUUAGUGAGGUGGUAGUUAAAUCAUGGCUUUAUAUAGAGAAUUGCUAUAAUUAUCAGUGUUAGAAAUACCCAUCUGCAGUCUGCAUUUGACAGAUUUUCAAUAUUGCAGACCGAAGAAAAAUUAAGCAACCUGCAAUAUUUUGCAGAACGAAAAAAUUAGGCUAGGGGUUCAAUGGUGUUUAAUAAUUAAGAGCUUUUGUGUUUACUCCUGACUCCAUAAUAUACAAGUAACUUUGCAUGUAAAAUGUUUGCAAAUAUGCAAUUUUGUGUAAUGGGUUUAAUCUAAAUCCGGACUUUUAAUUGUGUAUUUGCAGAAAGUAUUUCUGAAUUGCAGAAUAAAAUCUUGACAUUCUGCAAUAUUGCAGCACACUGAAAAAAAAUGUAUUUCUACCACUGAUUAUGAUGUGAGGGUGUGUGCCAAAUGUGGAAAUGUGCAACUUCUCUGUUGUAAUUGCAAUAUUGUCGACCAUGGAAACCCCCUGUCGUCUUACAUGGUCUGCCCCAAGCUGUAGAUGCCCUCGUGCCAUUGGUCAGUCAGAGCAGACUGUACCAUUAAGAUAUACAAACAGGAUAUAUGGGACCACUGACGUUUAAAUCUGGUGUGUGUGUAAUGUGAUAUUUGUGAUCUAGGUGACUGACAGGUCACAUGACCAGGUACUGACCAAUCAGGUGUGUUACGUACACGUUGCAGUGUGAACCAAGGUAAUUUCAGUGAAGGUAUCACAUGACAGUUUAUUGACCAAUCAAAAGUGUGGAAUAGGAUGAGGUGUUAUACAUUGUAUCAGAAUUUUGUGCAAUGGACUGUUAGCCAUCAUAUGUGAGACCAGAGAUUUGAUAUUAAUUGUUAGAUUAAUUUGUUUAAUGUUGCUAUGAGGAAACAUGAUCAUGUUUGUGUGAUUUUG